AAGGAAGCAUCUAUGCACAAAUCCUCGUGUACGAGGGAAAGAUGAUUUAGAUGAAAAAUGCAAACUACUUUUGAAGAAUAAAGAUGCAGGAUGCAGUGAGUUUAAAAAGGAGGAUGUCAUGAGGUUCAUGACAUUCAAGAUUUGAUGAAAGUUGGAGAAGCUGUAAAAGGUUGUUCAUAUUAUGCAGCUCGCUCUAUGGCACACAACGCACAGCUGGUGUUUUGCCCAUAUAGCUAUAUUAUCAAUCCAGUUAUACGAAGAGCAAUUGGUGUAGAUAUUAAGGAUGCGAUUGUGAUAUUUGAUGAAGCCCACAAUAUAGAGAAUAUUGCACGUUGUGCUGGUAGUGUCGAUAUUGAAGAGGAUACUUUAAAUAAAAUGCAGAUGGAGUUGGAACAACUGUGUUUUAUAAAUUCUUUGGUUUACCAGCCUCUGUAUGAAAUGACACAGGAACUCACAAAUUGGAUUGCCAAGAGGAAGACCACAUUGCUGGAGCUCGAGUUUCAGCAUUAUGUCAGUUGGACUGGCAAUCAUGCUCAAAGGGAGCUCCAAGAAGCUAAUAUAACUCAACAAUGCUUCCCCAUUUUGCUUAAAUGUGCAACAAAGGCUAUUAAAGCUGCUUCGUAUACGGAGUCCGAUGAUGCACAUUUGAGUGUCUUGUCAGUGAUAGCACUGGAAGAGUUAUUCUCUUCACUGACAUAUUUCUUCUCAAGAAAUGGUUGCCACAUGUCUGACUACCAGCUUGCAUUACAACGCCACACUAAAAGAGAUCCUGGAAAAGCUCAUGCUGAAUGGACGGUUACUUUAAGUUUGUGGUGCUUGAAUCCAGCUGUUGUAUUUAGAGACAUUGGUGACCUUUCCUUGUCGGUUAUUUUGACAUCUGGGACCCUGUCACCUAUGAAUUCCUUUUCAUCUGAACUAGGAGUUCAGUUUGGAACUUCACUGGAAGCUCCUCACGUGAUUGAUGUGGAAUCUCAGGUGUGGCCAGCUAUUAUAUCAACUGGUCCAGGAAACCAUCCGCUGAAUGGAAGUUAUAAAACAGCUGAUGGAUAUGCAUUCCAGGAUGCUCUAGGAAAAUCAUUGGAGGAGAUAUUUUUUAUCGCUCCUGGUGGGUGUCUUGUGUUCUUCCCCAGUUAUGAGCUGAUGGAAAAACUCCAAAAACGUUGGUCUGAAACUGGUCAAUGGUCUCGACUGAAUGCAAGGAAGUCUCUUUUUGUUGAGCCGAGAGGAGGAGAUCAAGAGGAUUUUGAUUCCAUAUUGAAAGGUUAUUAUGAUACUAUACGUCUUGGUGAUAACUUUGCAGUUGAGAAGAAGGUCAAACCCAAUGACUCGUAUGUGGUUGGCUGUGAAAAUCCCGAGGGGGCAGCACUCCUUGCAGUUUUUCGAGGAAAGGUUUCAGAAGGAAUAGACUUUUCUGAUGAUAAUGCUAGAGUGGUUAUAAUAGUUGGUAUUCCAUUUCCAAAUAUAAAUGAUAUUCAAGUUGCAUUGAAGAAAGAGUUCAAUGACACAUAUAAAAUGUCCAAAAACCUUUUAAGUGGAAAUGAGUGGUAUUGUCAACAGGCUUUCCGAGCUCUAAAUCAAGCUGCAGGACGUUGUAUUCGACACAAAUUUGACUAUGGUGCCAUUCUGCUAUUAGAUGAGCGUUUCCAGGAAAAAAGGAACAGGACUUACAUUUCAAAGUGGCUAAGAAAAUCCAUUAAACAGUUCGAUAACUUUGAACAGUCUAUGAAGGAGCUGAAAUCCUUUUUCAGCCACAUUAAGGAGCGCAUUAGCAACAAUACAGAAAGUGAGUUGCCAAAUUCUGAGAAUGAGGAGCAUAUUACUUCUGCCUGGCAAAGUUGUUAUAGAAGAAUGCAGAUAGAGAAAUUUGACAUUUUUAAUUAUCGUGGGCAGAAAGCUCACGAAGAUGUGAAAAACUGUAGAGUUAAUAUUGCUCAAAAGGAGUGUUACUGAUCCCAAAACCAAAAAUCCCGAAUGUAACAGUGUUGACAGAAGCUCAAUAAUCAGCGGAAAUUUGACUUGCCCAAAAGAUACUAGUUAUGAAAUUCUUGUCACAGGAAAGAAGUUUAACAGUUUAAAUGUCACACAAGUGCCCAAGCUAAAUGAUACUGUUCCUGGUUUUCUGUCAUCUGGCCUUCCAAGGGACAAAAAGUUGCAUCUAUCUUGUGCACUUUGUAGAAGCCCACUCGGUCGCCCAGAGAACCAUUUAAAUACAACGUGCUCAUUUACUGUAUCAUCAAAAACAAACUUAAUAUCAAUAUAUAAGGAAAGGUUUAAAGCUCAAACUGCCAAUUCGUCAGCAAGUAUACAGCUUAUUAUUACAGACAUCUUGUUUGUUAACCAGAGGCUCCUAGUUAGGUCUUCAAAAAAUUCAGGAGUUAGUAUAUGGAGUGAGGAGGAUGGUUGUGUAUACAAUUAUGUCUUUUGCCCCUUCUGUUGCAGUGACAAUUGUAUCGGUGUUCAGAUCAUGGCAACUGAUGCAUCAAAUAUUCCAUUACUUCAUAAGGUGAUGUUUUUCGUGGAGUGUUUGGAGAUCCAAAGACCUCAAAGCUGAUACAGGAAAGGCUUCAGUAAACAAGGAAGUAUCACCCGUUAGUAGCUCAGCCAAGAAUAAGUAUGACUGUCAUUUGAAAUUUUGUCCUACUCCCCUAGCCUACUAACCUUAGGCGGCUGGAGGUCUACUAAAUUGAAAGUCAGGAGGAAAGGAACUUCAUGAAGUACUCAUCUACAUGCAUUCAGCUUGGCUUAAUUUAACCACUGUCCUGGGCUGCUGUCCAAGCUGAUAAGAUUGCCUGGAUGUUUUUGUGAUGAUAUAAUGGGAGAUCUGGCCAUUUCUAUCGGUUAAACUCACCAUUCAAAGAAUGCAGCUAAGGUGGAAAAGUCAGUGUGCGUCCGGACAAAAGAAUCUCUUAAUCUAUGUAUGUUCAUUUGUACUAAAAUUGUAAAGAUGACUGCAUAUUUAUCUCGAUCUUUUGUUUUCGGGUUGUGAAUCCCUCUGUAUAGUUUCUGCCUGUUUGUUUUGUCAUGCUAUCAUACUGUUUUAGAUACGAUAGCAUUGUAGGUUCCCACUAGCAAUAAUGUUACACAAUUUCCAUGCCUUAUCGAGGGUAUGAUUGUUGAUCUCAAACUGGAAAUUUUCUGAAUUUAGUGUUUUGGGUUUAGCUU